CAAUGCGGAACUCGUGUUUCAGUCGGCGCAGCGAACUCAGUGAUCGGAAGAUCGGAAUCACACCAUCAAGACAAAAAAAUGUGUCAAGAAACGCCAAACGUCACGUGUAGGAUGUCGGACCCUCCUGUCAUGGAGUGGACUGUGAGAGACACAGAAGUGUGGUUAAGAAAGGAAGGUUUCGACGACACCGUUAUCAAAAUACUGUGCCACGAAAAUCAGCUCAACGGUAAAUGUCUUCUCGUUCUGAAUGAACACGAUUUUGCCACCGAACCGUUGAACACACUCAAAUUAAAAGAUAGGAAAUGUCUGUAUAUAUCGUGCAAGUCUCUCCAAAGGGAUAACCAGAAUAUUUUAAUGGAUCUGGGCCUACUCGAAAUUCCUAGCGUCAAUUUAUAUGCUCCUCAAAGUCAUUUUAAUAAACAUGAAUGUAGUGAAUAUAGUGAAUCAGAAAGGGUGUCUCCGCCUGUUUCAGAAGAUGGUCGGAUACAUAGACUGCCAGCAGAAAAGACCAAAGCAUUGCUUAGUUUUUGUUAUGUCGUAGUUGUUACGUGGAUUACUGCGUUUGUUAUGGUCAUAGUACAUGAUAGGGUUCCUGAUAUGAAGAAAUAUCCACCACUUCCUGAUAUUUUUUUGGAUAAUGUACCUCACAUACCAUGGGCCUUCGAUAUGUGUGAAGUUACUGGAACACUUUUAUUUACAAUUUGGUUAAUAGUGCUGCUUUUUCACAAACACAGAUUUAUCCUUAUGCGUCGGUUCUUUGCUCUUUCCGGAACCGUCUUUUUACUCCGCUGUGUUACAAUGCUCAUAACAUCGUUAAGCGUCCCUGGAGCUCAUCUUCAGUGCACUCCACGCAACUAUGCCACCCAAAGUUCUUCGGUUUUUGGUGAUUUGGCCACAAAAUUGUCGCAAGCUUAUGUGAUAUGGAGAGGCGCCGGCAUGUCUAUCCAAGGUGUACGGACCUGUGGGGACUAUAUGUUUAGCGGUCAUACUGUAGCUCUAACAAUGUUAAAUUUUUUCAUUACGGAAUAUACUCCAAGACACGUUUAUUACCUACACACCUUGUCAUGGAUGAUGAACAUGUUUGGCAUAUUUUUCAUAUUAGCUGCUCACGAACAUUACUCGAUCGACGUCUUCGUAGCGUUCUACAUUACCAGUCGCUUGUUUUUAUAUUAUCAUACGUUGUCUAAUAAUCAAGCUCUUAUGCAGAGGGAUUCCACAAGGACCAAAGUUUGGUUUCCGUUAUUUUCUUAUUUCGAGUCGAGUGUUGAUGGUAUAGUACCUAACGAGUAUGAAACACCAACUGAAAUUAUUUACAACUUGUUGAGUUUUUUUAAAAGUAAAUUAAGUUUUUUAAGAUACUUGCAUUCUUGUUUUACUGCCAAAAGCAGUGAAGUCAUAGAUUCAAAUCAUGUGAUGGAUAAUGUUCAAGAGAAUAAAAGCAAACAGUCUUAAUUUUUUAGAACGUUAUUAAUUUAUUAAUUUAUUUAUUAUAUAAAUAAAAGACUUGUAAUUUUAUUUGUAAUGGUUAAUUUUUUAUACUGUUUUACAAAUUUAUAGUUUAAAAAAGAAAAGCACAUUAAAAAGUAUAUGUAGUUUAUCAAUACCAAAGUUUUUGUAUUUUAUGCAGAAGUAUUAAACUUUAGGUUUAUUCUUGUUAAAUAAGACUAGUGAUAUAAGAAAACAAAGAUUUACACAAUUUGAGAAAUACUGUUAGAGUAAAUUUGUAACAUUAUCUGAUUCCCAAGCCUUCCAUUAUUAUUCCAGAUAAAAAUUUAAAGUGAUAAAAUCUAAAAUAUAUAUUUAAAUUAGGUAGAAUUUUUUACAGGUCACUAAAUUGAGACUUAAUUUACAUUUUCGUUUGUUAUUCUAAUUUAUCUACCAAAAUUGAUGUACUUUAGAAUUUUUACUGUUUUAAACAUUGAACAUAAAUAUUACAAUUAUUAAAGGUUUCGGGUUAGCGUCUUUUUUUUAUUUUUGAAAAAUGAAUACCCGAGUUUGUCCGAAAAUGAAGAUCGACUAAUGUAAGACGUAACGUCUAUGUUCAGUGUUUACUUUCAGAUAUUUUUGUUUUGGAACGUAGUAUAAUGUUUAGCUAUUUGUUAUUUUAAAAAUAUAUUUUUCUAUGUGCAA